AUGACCCUAGCCUCGAUUCCGUUGAAAGUUUCGUGGCAAAAAUAAACUGAGUAAAUCGGAAUACCCAUCAGGCACCGGGAGAAUGAAGGCUCUUAUUUUAGUUGGAGGCUAUGGGACACGUCUUAGACCUCUGACCCUGAGCAGACCCAAACCACUUGUAGAGUUUGGUAAUAAACCCAUGCUACUACACCAAGUUGAAGCUUUAGCGAAGGUCGGUGUAAAAGAAAUUGUACUUGCAGUUAGUUACAGAGCGGAAAUGCUGGAAAAGGAAAUGAAAGAACAGGAAGACAGACUCAAUAUCAGAAUCACAAUGUCCCAUGAAAAGGAACCACUUGGGACAGCAGGACCCCUUGCCCUAGCAAAGGAAAUUCUCACUGCUGAUUCCGAGCCAUUCUUUGUGUUGAACAGUGAUAUCAGUUGUGAUUUCCCAUUCCAAGAUAUGGUUGAUUUCCACAAGAAUCAUGGGAAAGAGGGAACUAUUGUGGUCACACGUGUCGAGGAGCCCUCCAAAUAUGGUGUUGUAGUAUACAGUCCAGAAACUGGGAGAAUCAACAGUUUUGUAGAGAAACCGCAAGAGUUUGUCUCAAAUAAAAUCAAUGCAGGGAUGUACAUUUUCAGUCCAUCAAUUCUGAACAGAAUAGAGUUGACACCCACAUCAAUAGAGAAGGAGGUCUUCCCAUAUAUGGCUAGUGAUGGAGAAUUAUAUGCAAUGGAGUUACAAGGUUUCUGGAUGGAUGUAGGACAACCCAAAGACUUCCUCACCGGGAUGUGCAUGUACUUAAAUUUCCUACGUCAGAAAUCACCAGAUAAAUUGCAUUCUGGGAAAGACAUUGUAGGAAAUGUAUUAGUGGACCCCAGUGCUAAGAUAGGCAACAAUUGUCGUAUCGGACCCAAUGUUACGAUUGGUCCAGAUGUUACCAUUGAGGAUGGUGUGUGUAUUAAGAGGUGCACAAUACUUAAGGGGGCUACUAUUAAAUCUCAUUCCUGGUUGGAAUCCUGUAUUAUAGGCUGGACAUCAACUGUGGGCCAGUGGGCUCGUAUGGAGAAUGUGACAGUAUUGGGAGAAGAUGUGAUAGUUAAAGAUGAACUUUAUAUUAAUGGAGGUCGUAUUUUGCCUCACAAGUCUAUAGGAGCAUCAGUACCUGAGCCUCAGAUUAUCAUGUGAUAACCCCCUUUUUGUGAUAGACUAGUCCAUCCUAUAACAGCAAUCUGUGAGAUUUUCAAAUGGAAGAGUAUAUUACAGGGGUGUGAGCAUUCUUCCAGAUUUAUGGGUAUUUUGAUGAAAAGGGAAACAAAAAGCACCCUUUUAUCAUUGGGAAAAUUUUGUGAAGAACCUGUUACCUUUAAAUGGACUAGGUGCUAGGACAACACUAAGCAGAAAUUAUCAUAAGAACAAACAUAACAUUUCAGCUGAUAUAUCGUGAACUUCUACAUUCCUCAAUAAAAAUAUCUAAUAAGUGUUAAGUAUGGAGGUAAAUAAGGCUGAGUAAUGCUAUAUGCAUGUAGUAAUAUUAAUUAAAAUGGUUGUUAUUUUGUAUGUUUUGCUCAUGUCAUCAUAAUUUAAUCCUCUUACUUGGUCAUAUAAGGAAAUGAGUAUUUCUGUUUGAUGAUUAUGAACGAAAAAAAACAGUACCCAUUUUCUUGUAUAAAUUAUGGGAUGUCAACUUUAUGGAAUGUGUUUAAUAUACAAAGAAUAUAUAUACACUGUAUAUGAACGUUAAUG